AUGGCACAGCCAGCCUCCCCCUGCUUCCACUGCCGCCAGCCUGGCCACUACAAGACAGAAUGCCCUCAGCUAAAUAACCCCAGCUGGUCUCGCCCGGUGGUCAGACAGACCCCAAGGGCUGCUGCCCACUCCUGUCAAAUUGUCCCCACGUGAAGAUGCCUAUCACCUAUCUCCCAGUGAAGACUUGGGCAUAGUAAAUUAUCUUGAAUUGCUUUCCUAAAGCUGCAGUAAUUAUGUGCACAAUAUUAUUGCCAAAACUCUAAAAAAUAUGUGCUUAUUUGCAUUUUUUUACAAUAAAAAGGAAUGUAGAUAUAGAUAUGUCAGAUUCAAUCAAGCUCUUUUAGUCAGUAUAUACAAAUGUUGGUAGAGUAAAUUAGAAAUAUGGACAUUUACUCUACAUGAGGCCAACCCAGCUCAGGCUGCCCAUGACAACAGGGCAUACCACCAACAGCCCGUCCAGUUGAAUGGACAUGAGGUACAGGGGCUAUGAGACGCGGGGGCCACUUUGACCAAACUAUGAUAAAAUAAUUCUUAAUCUUAGAAUGGCAGUCAGAUAUCUCCUUGGAUCAAGAAGCUAUUACCCCACUAAUUAAUAUUUAUAUCCCUGAAUAUUAUGUUUAUUCAAUUGCUGUCUAAAUAUCUGUAUGGACUCUGAUAAAACCACUUUUUUGGGUAGAUAACUCCACAUCUUUAUUUUUCUUACUGUAAAAAAAACAGCUGAGUUGAUAUAUUUGCAAGCCUUACAGGACCAACAUUUGUAAAUGCCCUUCGCCUGUGUCAGCCAACCUGACUAUUAGGCUUUUUGGGUUAAGGGGUGCCCACGAAGGCUACUUAGUGCUUAGUAUUUCCCCCCUGCCCAAUUUAUCGUCAGUUACCUCUAUCUCUGACCCAGGAUAUAAUACUUUAUUUAUCCUACAGUUCUGUCCGUUACACUUACUUAUUCUCGGUAAUCACACCAUAUUAUUUAAGCCCAAAAACCGGACAGGAUCUCACUUUAACACCAGACAGUAUCCUGUGAGGUCAGUUCUGUACGUCUCACUGUUUUAUUGGUAAUCACACCAUAUUAUCUAAGACCCAAAUCCUGGCAGGACCUCACUUUGACAUUAGACUGUAUCCUGUGAGGUCAGUAUAGCCUCACAGCGGAUACUUUGAUGCCACAUAUCCAGACAACUUAGUAUCAAGUAGUGUGUGGUAAUCUACUUUGCAAACAUCACUAUUUCUUCUAACAUUUUGCAAUUAUUAGUUGUAAGUCUGAUGUCUCGCCGCGGCGAGCUCCGGUCAGCUGACACAUCCCGGCCAAUCUCCAGCAGACCCUCCCUCCCAGACCCUCCCACCUCCUGGACAGCAUCCAUGUUAAAGCUUCAACAUGAAGCUUCAACAUGAAGCUUCAACAUGGAUGCUGUCCAGGAGGUGGGAGGGUCUGGGAGGGAGUGUCUGCUGGAGAUUGGCCGGGAUGUGUCAGCCGACCGGAGCUCGCCACGAACCGCGACGAGCCGUUCGCGGGAAGUUCGCGAACGGUUCGCGACAUCACUAAUUAUAGACUUAUACAAUACAAAUAUGAAUUAACAUUAAUUUAAUUUCCAUUUUAAGAGACAGCAGAAAAAUGCAAAUGUUGUAGGUACUUCUGAUUUCAUGUGUAUUACAGACUGCCAUUUACAUUUUAAGUAGAUCCCCAAUAAUAUCAACAGCACACUAACAGAUAUUGCCAGGUAAGAACAUAGCUUACCUAGCAAUUAUUGUGGCCAUUUCAUGUCCUACACUAGAACACAACCAGGAACCAAUUGUCCACAUAUAUUAGCCACAUUUAAUUAUUUUUUAUUUUUAGGUAAAUUUGAAUUAUAUUCUCGUUUUUAAUAUAUUUACCUUGUGAUGACCCUUUCUUGAUACUCAUUUUUUAAUGAUGUGAAUUAAAGUAUCUCUAAUAAUGUAACAAUAAUAUUGUUGCCUUGCAGAUCAGUUAUGGAGCAACAAAGUAUGCUCUUAGUGAUAAAUAUUUGUAUCCACACUUUUUCCGGAUGGUGCAAAAUGACCAUACUUAUUACAAAAUUUUAUCCCGCCUUCUGAAACAGUUAAACUGGAAUUGGAUUGGAAUUUUAACAACAUAUGAUGAUGCUGGAGAAACAGAGCAGCUAGCUUUUAUGGAAUACUUGUCCAAUGAUGGUAUCUGUGUGUCAUUCACCUUCAAAUUGUCUGUCUAUAAACUCACCAUUAAAGAGAGUGAAGUACAGAGCAUGUUAUCCACUAUUGAAAAGUCAUCUGCUCAAAUUAUUGUACUUUGUGGAUCAUAUGAUAUUGCAAUUUUUUCAGUGAUUUCUAUGAUACAGUCGUCAACCAAGAAAAUGACAAUAAUUAUCCCCCCAUCCUGGUCCAUAAUUCAUAAUUCUAAACCAAAUAAGUUUACUACAUUACUUAAUGGCAGUUUGGCAUUAGAGGAUUAUUACAUACCUUUACCAGAAUAUGGAGACUUCUUUGAUAAUAUUAAUCCCUCAAAUCGUCCAAAUGAAUUCAUUCUUUCUUAUGUAUGGAUUACAGAAUACCUUUUUCGUUAUGAAGAUCCAUCAAAUUGCACUAACAUCUACUCUGAUAUCAUUGCUGAGGACUAUCUAACACAGGGAGCUUCUCCUCGAGUAUAUUACACAGUUCUUGCCAUGGCUUCUGCCCUACAUGAGAUGCACAUAGAUCCUAAUGAAAAUUACAUAGGUUAUAAUUACAGAUAUCAGGUAAACACAAUGAAAUUGCCUACUGCAUAUUACAUUUAAAAUACAAGUUUACAUUUAAUUAACUUUUGUACCAGGGGUUUGACAGCAUUUCAAACAGACAACCUAUGGGUUCACAGGGUUUCAAUAUAUGAAAAGUCAAUCAGCAAGCAAUUAUAAGUAUAAAUGACUCAAAUUAUCUCAAAUAUCCUUAAUGCCCCAGAACUAGAGGGAAUAAGAUAUUGUCUAAUCAAUUUAGUGAGUUAUCUGCUAAACUGCUAAAUUAUCAAAAUUAAUAAAAGUCAUUUUCUUGUGAUCUGUUUAGCUGUUUUGUAGAUAGCUCCCUAAUUGUUAUCCUUACCUGGAAUUGCCAAAAGCAUAUUACCAAAUAAGCGAGCUAUCUGCUAAAUAGCUAAUUUGGUAUCCUUAAAAUGGUAAACAAAUGUAAAGACACCUACUAAAUAGCUUAAUAGAUUAUCUUCUAAUUUACUUAAUUUUGAUCUUUCCCCUUGCAAGGUAAGAUGAGGGAAAGGGGAAUAUUCAUUUUUUAAAAAAAAACUAUUAUUAAAAUAAAAAUUGUAAAGCUUUUCCCUAUCCCACUCUCUACACCCCCUGCACACAGUACACUCUCACAGACAGUGAACCCCCCACAUACAGUACACUCCACCAUCACAGAGUACACCUUUGCAUACACACACAGUGCACCCCUCACACACAUUAUCUCUUCAUCCACAUACAUACUUCUUUCCCAAAUACCUUCACCUCCACACACACACAUGCUCCACCCCAUUACACACCAAAUCUCAUAUAUAUAUAUAUAUAUAUAUAUAUAUAUAUAUAUAUAUAUAUAUAUAUUUAUAUAAUAACUACAGCUCUUUGAUAAGCACACAAUGCAACCCCAAUACACAUACACUCACAAUGCAGCUCCUAGGUGCACACGCACACACUUUACAGGCCCUUGCAGAGCACACACAUUUUCCCACACACCCACAAAUUGCUAUUUUUAUUUUAAUCUAAAUCCACCCAGACUUUGGGAGAGCUGAGUGGAUCUUUCCCUGGCGUCCAGUGUGUCUCCUCUCAGUUUUCCUGCAGUUUCACUGUGCUCCUCUGCGCUCUCUCUGUAGUGAUGCCGGGGCCAGAGUGACGUCAUGUCACUAAACAGCGCGCAAGGGAGCAGAGAGGAACUGCAGGAAGGUUGCUGCUCCUUCUCAUUUUAAUGUUUCCUGCGUGGCUUAGAGCUGACAAAUGCCAGGCUCCAGGGAGAAAUGUCUAGUCGCCGUGGCAACCUGGCGCCUGGAACUUGUCGAGCCCUGUGUAUGUAUGUGUGUGUAUAUAUAUAUAUAUAUAUAUAUAUAUAUAUAUAGAGAGAGAGAUAACGGACCACCUGGCACCCCAAAUGGGUACCUCCACCAAUCGCUGCUUCCUAGCUGUCGCCGAGUUCCAUAAGCACCGCACUGGACACCAUAAGCAUCAUAGCCCCUUAGCCGCCGCAGCUUGGCUGGGGUCUAGCAGGUAUAGCAGUGUAUCUCUUACAAUAGCUAGUGAUUAUAGCAAUCCAAAGAACAAUCCCAAGAGCAGGGAUUAUAGCUGGUAUCGCUUUCCCCUACAAGCACAAGAUGAGACUCUGUGUUGAGGGUAAACUGGAGCUGCUUUAUUAAUAGCCACAACUGGCCUUAUAUGAAGGUCCCCAUGCAAGGGGUUUACUUUAACAUAUAACAGGGGCACUCCCCACUGGACCUAAGAGUAGACUAUGACAAAGUACAUACUGUAUUUACAUUGGCUCUCAGGUCCAGGACACUCCCACACAAAACAGGAUAAUCCCUCUCCUGUGCCUUGGGUCAAGAACUGUAUUAAACUCAAUUAUGUCCAGACACAGAAAACAUUAAUUUUUGCAUAACCUCAAAAAUACCUUUAAACACACAAAACCCCUGGGUGACCAACAUAUCCGAAAAUCACCCAGAUUGGUUCAGGGGUUCAGGAAUUUCCUGGAAGUCAUAAUUUGACCGACCGCAUGCAUGGUCCCAUGCCCAAAACAGUUCCAGAGAAUCAGGGCUUGCGGUCUAUCUAAUUCGGUAGUUUUAAAACCAAACAAACUAACGAAAAUAGUCAAUGUUUUUACCUUGCAGCUUGUUAGUGCCCUUAUAAGUUGUGUGGAACCGAACGCAGAAAAUCCUGGAAGUCCAGCGGUGUUCGGGAGUUUCAGUGUCCGAAAAGAGUUCCAUGAACUUGAUGACCAAACACUGCUGCCUGCGUUCACGGGAACAACAUGGCCGCCACCUCGUGGACAUUCAUGUGAACAGUGGCCACCCAGACAAACUAUAAGAACACUGCAGUGAGAAGUGUUAUAAACUGUCAAUUAGGCUUAAAAAGCUCCCGGUUGGUUCGUGCGCCUGUUUGGUUCCUGAACCAAACAUAAAAUCCCAUGUGUAACGGAAUGGGCUAUAUUUCAGUACCCCUUUUUGGUGCUAGAAGCUGUCCAUACCGCUGUGUGUGUAUUUCAUUCUGUUAUAUUGUAUCCCUCCAUUGCAACACUGGGUUCCUGUGUAAUUUUGUGUAUUUGUUCAGUACUAACACCAGUUAUAUUGGAUUCCCCUAUAUCGUUCGCCAAACAAAGUACUGAACAACCCGGCCACCCAUGAGGGGAGUGUGGCACCAAUUGACCCUAUUAACCUUCACCAUACCUGGUUAACCACAAAUGCCAGAGACCCUGUGUGAUAGACUUGGGUGUUUAGCACUUACUUAGGCAUUGGAGUUUGUUAUGAUUUAUGAUUUACAUUUUUUCUUCUAUGCCUAUCUAGUAAGUCUCACAAGGAGAGAGGCUUUCUUUAUUUUAUUUUACUUUAUCCGUCUGUCUACGUUUGAUUAUUAGGGCUGCCAAUCUUUUAGACAGUGACCUUUCUCCCUUUGUCACUUUUUCUGGUGCUUAGGUACUAAGUGAAGAUUUACUAACACUGUAUGCAUUAAAGGCCCAGGACUAAUAAAGCCUAUAUGUAUAUUGCAGACUUAGGUGUUUAGUAACCUUAUCCCCUCAAUUACUUAGACAUUGGAGUAGCCUUAUACGGCUAGUUCGGUAUUUAUUAUUAUUUGGAGUUAGCUUAAUUUUGUGCUGAUACUUUCUGUUACGUCAGAUAUUUAGUGGUCUCCCUCUGGUUACAUUGUUCCAUACCACUGGAUGCUUUGGUGCCUACGUUUUUAUCUCCAGUUAGCAUUAUAUUCAGUUUGUGAAUUUUUGCUUUUUUCGUUUCUGUUAAUAUCCAUUUUAUGCUUAUCAAAUCAGGGCAUAUCCACUAAGCACUGACCCUUGUUUUAGGCAUUUUAGAUUAUUGAAAUUUGGCGACAUUUUGUAUGUAUUAUUAUUUGUUAUUGUUAAAAUAUUAUUUUCAGUAUUUGUAUUUUUGUGCUCUCUUACUUUAAAUGUAAUUAUGCAUUUUUUUUAUUUAUGUUCAUUAUUACCUCAAUACAAUUCUUUAUUUUAUAAUAUUGCAAAUUUCUUUCUUUUUUCUUAACUCCCCUUUGUAGACCCUCUUUUUCUAUUGGAAAAAGGGGAUUUGAGAAUGUUUUUAUAUAUCACAGAGAGGACCUAUACCUUUUGCAAAUCAGACUGAUUCUUCCCAUAAGGGCAGUGAAGAUCAGAAAUACUGGCACGUUUCCUCUGAAUGAGAGAAACAGCAACCCCGGACAAUCGUUUCACCCUUCUCAGGGCCUCAUCAGUGAGCUGAUAUCCUUCUAGGCACAGUGAGAAUGGGGUCUGUGUCUGAAUUGCCCUAUUCACUAAUGGAGACCCUAAGUAAAUGUAUUUAAGCAAGAACAGAAAAUAUAAAAAUGGGCAAAAACUCUGAGAAAACUCAAUAGUAAGAAUGAUCAUGCAAGGUAUCUCUUGUGAUAAAGACAAAAAAGCAUAACUAACGAAAUUACAAAAAUCCCAAAAAGUAAUAGUUCCUUUUUAAUGUGUAGUGUAUGAGAAUUGUAUGUAAAUAGUGUGUUAAAAAGUGUCAUUAUAAGUAAAGUGCACCCAAGAAAAAUGCUCUUUUGGAAUUCAAGGGUGCGACUUAUUUUCAUAGUCAAUUUAAAUAGAAGUAAAACAAUACUCUAGUAUUGUUUCAAUAAAUGUAUAUAAUGUUGCUGAUUUACCUGUAACUUAUAACUUGAGCAUAUAUCAUAUAUGCUCUAAUCCGUUCAAUUUUGGAAAAUGCAGAAUGCUUGGUUGUAUAGGGAGAGGUAUAAGCAAUAGAAAGAGGGAAGUGCUCAUGCCAUUGUACAGAACACUGGUGAGACCUCAUUUGGAAUAUUGUACACAGCACUGGAGACCGUAUCUUCAGAAGAAUAUUGAUACUUUAGAGAGAGUUCAGAGAAGGGCUACUAAACUGGUUCAUGGAUUGCAGGAUAAAACUUACAAGGAAAGGUUAAAGGAUCUUAACAUGUAUAGCUUGGAGGAAAGACGAGACAGGGGGGAUAUGAUAGAAACAUUUAAAUACAUAAAGGGAAUCAACACAGUAAAGGAGGAGACUAUAUUUAAAAGAAGAAAAUUUACCACAACAAGAAGACAUAGUCUUAAGUUAGAGGGGUAAAUGUUUAAAAAUAAUAUCCAGAGGUUUUACCCUGCUGAAAGGGUAGUGGAUGCAUGGAAUAGGCUUCCAGCUGAAGUGGUAGAGGUUAACACAGUAAAGGAGUUUAAGCAUGCGUGGGAUAGGCAUAAGGUUAUCCUAACUAUAAGAUAAGACCAGGGACUAAUGAAAGUAUUUAAAAAAUUGGGCAGACUAGAUGGGCCGAAUGGUUCUUAUCUGCCGUCACAUUCUAUGUUUCUAUGUAACUCUGUGUCCAGAAUUAAAAACAACAUCGUUUGCUUGUUUUGCCUUUUUCUGGAUAAAUAACAAUGGGUUGUUGGAAGUUGAACCCCGCUAUGCUGUGAUUUUUAAAAAUCUAAUUUCUUGUAUGAUUAUAUCUAUCUGUUUUUUCCUUUUUCUUUUAUAGCUUAAUCAUUAUAUAAAAAAUCUCAAAAAUAUGUUUGAAAUGAAUCGCACCAUGCUUUUUGAUGAUGCCAGAGAAUUUCCCUAUCAUUAUACAUUUACAAAUUGGGUAAGCGUUCCUUGUGAGUCAGUAGAAAGAAAGGUUGUGGGCAACUUCUCAGAAUGGGUACCGGAGGGACAACAGCUUUUCAUCGACACCAAACGUAUAUCAUGGCUCAACAAUAAUAAUCAGGUGAGAGUAAAUCGUAUACAGCUGCAUAUCAUAACUCCUAAUAUUGGGAGGUAA